AUGGGUCUUACCUCCUUCCUCGAGGCUGAACCUCAACAAGCUCCCUACGUAAUUCCAAAAUUGUAUAGCUUUAUGAAGGUAAUGAACUCGAUGCUGGCGGACAAUUAUCUUGGCUAUGUUGGUAGAAAUGACAGUGCUUUUGACUACCACUGGGGAAUCACCCGCUCACAAGAUAUGAUACUUUCUCUUCAAUGGCUCUACGAAAAGUCACCGCCUCCAUUCUCUUUUGUACCGCUCCCGCUAACCUUGAACAGUUAUCCCGAAGGCAAUGAAGAUCUUCUGUUACAAAAUAUGAAGUAUUUCAACGAUGCAGCCUGGGACUGGGCCUACUUUUACAGUCCCGAGAUAUUUCCAUUCGCUGACAUGAGCAUCAAUCCUCCACCGGACGAUGAUCUACUUUUCUGGUAUUACCAUGGUGUGAACUCCGCUAUGGGUCUCAAAGCACCUGCCGUUGUUCGUAGGUUCACCCACAACGAAUCACUGGUCGAUGUUGCCCAGAGAGGUUACAACUGGACGUUCGAAUACCAUGGCCAAAUAUCCGGAACUAUCAUUGGUAUAUCUGACAUUGCCGAAAUCAAGAAAGUCAUUUUGCUAAUUCAAAAUAGGUGAUGAACCUUGGGCUGGACUUUCUCCAACAAGAGGCUCGGAACUUUGCACGACUGUCGAAGCGAUGUUUUCACUUGGAUACAAUUAUCGUGCCUUGGGUAAUUCAUACUUUGCAGACCGCGCAGAAUUGGCUGCUUUCAACGCGCUUCCUACUGCAGUCUCCCCCGACUGGUGGAGUCAUCAGUAAGCAUUCAUCAGUCUGUAAAAUGGAAAAAGAUCUUGACAACUAACCGCCCACCAAGAUAUAUGACUCAAACUAAUCAGGUAAUGUGCUAUUUGCCUUCUUCAAAGAAGACUACUCUAAUGUGAAAAUAGCCUUACUCGGUAAAUUUAACUGGUAAUCCAUUUUGGAAUGUAAAUACCGUAGGGCAAACCUUUGGUCUUGAACCGUAUGUCCCAAUUCUUCUUAUUCUAGUCUAGUAACAUGACUGAUUCUAACACUUAGAAACUAUCCUUGCUGUACGGUCAACCAUCCUCAAGGGUAAGAUAGUCUUAAUUGAGCUUUGCGAUUGCAUCGAAGUAACUGUCUUCAGAUAUCCGAAAUUCGUGGCCUCCUCAUACGUGAAAGUUGGAUCUACUGGAAUUGGACACGCUGCCUUGAUCCCAUCAACACUCACCACAACCCUCGAAGGUGCAGCAGUUUCUAUCAACUGCAUUACUAGUUACCCAUUCUCCGAUACUCUCACCUACAUCAUCGACAGCACAAUUGAUUUCACUUUUUAUGUCCGAGUCCCGGAGUGGGCAAACAUGUCCACUUCUUCAACUCAAGUAACCGGAGAAGACAAGCAGCCAUUGACCCCAGAUUCAACCACUGCCAUGCAUGGUAUUUCGAUCUCUAGCGGAACGAAUACUUUGGUUUACACGAUCGGUACAGAUAUACGCAUCGUCCCCCGAGCACGAGAUACUGUAGCAAUCUACCACGGACAGCUUCUCUACGCAAUCCCCAUCAACGGCAGUAGCACAUCCACACCACCUCAUCAAUACAACACACAGCAACUACUUCCUGCACAGCACAUCAGCAACAAAACACGAGAUUAUUCCAUCAACAAUACCGAGCCCUGGAACAUCGCGAUUGACCCUACGACACUGACUUAUUCCACCGUUGGCGAAGAGCCAAAUUACGUACUACCAAAUCCCAUCUUCGACGUGGGUGCCCCACCUGGAAGGAUUUCUGGAAAGGCUUGCUGCAUUGCUUGGAGUGUGGAGUUCGGGGUUCCAGGUGAUCCGCCGGAGGCGGGUCAGAGAACGUGUUUAGGGGAGUUCUUUGAGGUGGAAAUGAUCCCGUUUGGCGCGGCGAGAUUACACAUGGCGGAAUUGCCGACUGUAAAGUCGACAUGA